AUUUCGUGCGGAAUGUCAUUGACACCGCAGUGAAGGCUCGGUUGUGGGGUGAGCUGUUAUUUCCCAAUUGCAUUUAAAAUGAACUUAUAGCAGACACUGCCCGUUAUUUGCCGCGAGCGAUCGAACAAAUAAUUUAACAGUACAUUAAGAUUAAUUACGUCCGACGGCCGCGUAAACUAUUAGUUGUAAUUCGUCGUUGCGAGUGAAUAGUCGAUAAAAUGGUGAUCCAAAAAAUAUGUUGUCUCGGCGCUGGCUACGUUGGAGGUCCUACGUGUAGUGUGAUUGCGUUGAAAUGUCCCAACAUCACCGUAACUGUGUGUGACAAGAGCGCCGAGAGAAUAAAUCAAUGGAAUUCGGAUAAAUUGCCGAUCUACGAACCUGGUCUGGACGAUGUAGUUAAGCAAUGUAGAGGGAAAAACCUGUUCUUCUCCACAGACAUCGCUAAAGGUAUUCAAGAAGCUGACUUAAUAUUUAUUUCCGUGAACACGCCGACUAAAACAAUAGGCAAUGGUAAAGGCAGGGCGGCCGAUUUGAAGUAUAUAGAAGGCGCUGCGCGAAUGAUCGCAGAUUUAGCCACCAGUAAUAAAAUCGUGGUUGAGAAAAGCACCGUGCCUGUCAAAGCUGCGGAGAUUAUAAUGAAAAUUCUGCGCGCCAACACGAAACCCGGUGUCGAGUAUCAAAUUCUAUCGAACCCUGAGUUUUUAGCUGAAGGAACGGCUAUUGUUGAUCUGGUGGAGGCGGAACGAGUCUUGAUCGGUGGCGAGGAUACCCCCGAGGGUCAGAAGGCGGUUCAAGAAUUGUGUUGGGUGUACGAACACUGGAUUCCAGCUAAAAACAUAUUGACCACAAACACAUGGAGUUCAGAGCUGUCGAAGCUAGCAGCAAAUGCAUUUUUGGCUCAAAGAAUUUCCAGUAUCAAUUCUCUUUCUGCGGUGUGUGAGGCGACAGGGGCUGAUGUGUCCGAGGUAGCUAGAGCAGUUGGCCGCGACUCAAGAAUUGGACCAAAAUUCUUAGAAGCAUCUAUUGGUUUUGGAGGCAGUUGCUUCCAGAAAGACAUUUUGAACCUCAUAUACUUGUCUGAAUGCUUAAACCUACCAGAAGUAGCAGCGUAUUGGCAGCAAGUGGUCAACUUAAAUGACUAUCAGAAGACACGUUUCACCAGAAAAGUGAUUGAGUCUCUCUUCAAUACUGUUUCGGACAAGAAAAUAGCCAUUCUCGGCUUUUCGUUCAAGAAAAACACUGGUGAUACUCGCGAAUCGCCAGCUAUCUACGUAUCUAGCACGCUACUAGAUGAGGGAGCAAAACUGCACAUCUACGACCCUAAAGUUGAAACGGACCAGAUAUAUUACGAGUUAACGCACCCGCAAGUGACAAGUGAGCCAGAAUUGGUCCGGAAAAACAUAGAAAUCCACGACUCUGCUUAUUCGGCAGUUACGGGCGCCCAUGCACUAGUAUUAUGUACUGAAUGGGAUGAAUUCAAAGAACUGGACUUCAAAAGGAUCUACAAUGCAAUGAUGAAGCCUGCAUAUAUAUUUGAUGGACGUAAGAUUCUGGACCACGAAGCUCUGUUGAACAUUGGGUUCCAUGUGCAGACGAUUGGGAAGAGAUUAUCUAGAACAGGCAGUAUUCGAGCGCAGGGGAGCCAGACUCUACCCUAAGCAAUAUGAAAUAAUGAUCUAACCGGAGGACUCGUGAAGAAGUGAAUCGUUUAUGGUUUAAGUGAAAUUCGACAAUACAAUAUAGCUUAGCGACGUACAUGUUCCGGUUGCCAGACUUUUAAGUAAAUAACUUGGAUGUUGCCAGUUUCAAAAAGUGUGUGGAUGAGAUAGUGCUAAACCUUAUAAAUUAAAUAGCUUCCGCUCGGGGCUUUGCCCGCGUGAGAUAAGGGCAUUUACAAACCAUUUAGUUAUCCUAAGGGAGCGUUUGAUCGGGAUAAAAAGUAUUCCAUCACCAAAUUCAGCUCAUAGUCUGUCUGUAUAGCAUAUUUCAUCAAAAUCCUUUCGGUUGUUUCAGCGUGAUUGACGGACAAACAAACAAACAUUUAUAAUAUAAGUUUGAUUUUUAAAAUUUUUUUCAAGCUUAGUAUUUGAGCGAACAUGGAUGCAGAGUUAAUUAUGUUUAGACAUGACUCAUGGAAAAUGUAUGUUACUUAUGAACUAUCUGUCAGCGAUUUUGCGUUCAACUCGUAAAUCUAAACCAUUCUCGAAUUCACCUGAAGACAUACAAAUUAAUUCCAAAACUCUCGAACCUUCUACGACUUCAGUGAAGAGUUACACGCACGGAUGAAAUACGUAAAGAUUGGUUUUUAUAUGUAAUUGAUCAUUAUUAUUUGAGUGUUGUGUCUUUUCAUUAACACACUUUUUAAAUUAAAUAACAUAAGUAAAAUAAUUGAUCAAAAACUCAUAGUAGAAAAUGAGAAAUUUGAUUACCUCUUUAAAUUUUGAUCUUUCCAGUGUACACUAACCUUAUUUCAAAUGGUAUUCCUAGAAAUUUAUUUUCGCAUUUGCUUUAUUCCUAAGGUCCUAUUUUAUUUUUUUUUUUUUUUAGAAUAUUAAGCUACACGCUUGACCGGUCUUUGCUUUGACGUACUUAAGUUGGGUAGAACUUGAGAUUACAGUAAUCGUUCGUUUAUUCUUACGAAUACACUUUUUUUAUAUAUUUUAGUCAUAUUUUUGUCGAAGGCAACUAAAAACAAAGACUGGUCGACUCAUAUCGCUUAUUUUUUACUCAAAUAUAUACACAAAUAAUUAUUUUUUAAUUAAUUUUAAGUUACUGUACUAAGUAUUAUUGCUGUGUGCAUUUUAUUGUGUUACAAUGCUGAAAACAAAAUCGCACCUUUUUUUUCCUCAAGUGGAUAACCUACCUAUGCACCUAUAGAAGUAUUAAAAGGAAUUUUGGCUUAAAUGUCUUGUAACUAAGCCAUUAAAUUUUCAAAAAAAAGGAAAAAAGAAUUAAAAAGAAAUAUAUUUUCGAACGUGUGUGUGUGGUAUGACAGCUGUCAUUAGUUUUGCGUUAGUGGUAGAUUUAAAAAGAUCAAGAUAUACAGUUCCGUAUGAAUAUUAAGUUUUUUUUCGUUUUUUAUUAAGAAAAAAACUUUUUUUAUUUAGUGCCAAUUGCCUUUUGAUAUUACGCACUGUAGCAUUGUAGCAUAUUGGAAAUAUAUCGACUACUUAGUAGUUUUUAUAUUAUUUAGUUAUACCUAAUAAUAUUUUAUAACGAAUUAUAAAUCGAAUAUAUAAUGUAACGUCUAUGUUUUGAUGUGCUAAUAAUAUGACUUUACGUUUCGUAUUGCCAUAUUGAAAAAAAUAAAUCGAGAUAUUUUUUCUCUUAAAAUAUUCUAUAUUUUUGGUUUAUUAGUUAUGGCAAUUAUGUCUACUGGUACAAUUUUCUUUACGAAUUACGUUCUUAUUAAUUAUUUUUUUAAUCAUUCAUUAUUUCAAUGUAUUGACUGUUUAAAUAAUUACAAAAAUUAAUUAGAAAUUUUAAUUAAUAAUCGUAAAGGACAAAUAUUUUUUGUAUUAUUUCCAGUGUAUUUUAUGAGGAAUAAAUGUAUACUUAUACACGA